GUUACUUCUCCGCCGCGGGUUCUUUCACCUUAAUAAAUAUGUUGUUUAACUAUAUAUUUCGGUGUGAAGUAUGCGUAAACCUCAUGAAACGCGGGUAACUUCAGGCGAUCGCGUUGCGCUGUCGCGUCCUUUGACACGCUUAACCGUUUACGAAAACGAUUUUGCCAGUUUCUCGCCGAUAUUUUGAUCAUUUUACCAUGCGAAAUAUUUACGUAAAAUUCCGAAAGUUACGUCGCAGGCGGUACACUCGCACUUAGUAAUAAUUAAAACGCGAAAGUGUGUGAGAACCUCGAGAAACUAAGAUUGUGUCGUGCAUCCCACCGUCACAUAUAUUUGCUUUAUUGAUAUUUUGAGUGUCACAGGCCUUGCGGUGCCUAUGCAUAUCUUGAGAAUUUGGACGGUGUUUUAGAUUAUUUUAAGGAUUCAGAUUUUCUCAUAUUUGGUUGAGUCAUUUAGCAAACAUGUCGGAAAUAGUUUACCCGCAAGGGUGCAGAUCUGUUACCGAAGAUCUAGGUCCAGAUGAACUCAUUAGAAGACUAAAGACAUUAGCUCACACGUUACAAGCAAUGGGCCAAGACGAGGGAAUGUAUCAACAAUAUAUACCGCUCGCGUUACAUUUGGCGGAAGAACAUUUUUUAAUGCAUCAAAGUAAAGAUGUACAGCUCCUGAUAGCUUGUUGCAUCGCUGAUGUGUUAAGAGUUUACGCACCAGAAGCUCCAUAUAAAGAUGCGGAGCAGGUGAAAACGAUAUUUUUAUUUCUGAUUAAACAAUUGGCCGGUUUGAAAGAUCCCAAAGAUCCUGCUUUUAAAAGAUAUUUUUAUCUUUUGGAAAAUCUGGCAUACGUGAAAUCAUUUAACAUGUGUUUCGAACUAGAAGACUGCCAAGAAAUAUUUUGUGCACUCUUUUCCCUUAUGUUUAGGAUAGUAAAUGAUGAACAUUCGGGGAAAGUGAAAAGUUUCAUGUUGGACGUGUUGUGUCCCCUCAUUACAGAAUCGGAUAUCGUCAGUAACGAGCUUUUGGACAUUAUACUUAUGAAUAUCGUAGAACCAAAUAAAACCCAAAAGAAGAACGCGUAUUUACUUGCGAAGGAAUUAGUAAUUAAGUGUAGCGAUACAUUAGAACCUUACAUUCAAGCAUUUUUUAAUCAUGUGUUGAUUUUGGGUAAAGAGGAGAAAAGUUUACAAAUCUGCAAGAAGGUGUACGAUUUGAUUUACGAACUGAAUCACAUAUGUCCAAGCGUCUUGUUGUCCGUCCUCCCACAGUUAGAAUGUAAAUUGAAAUCUUCCUCGGAGAGUGAAAGAUUGGGUACCGUAGCCUUGCUGGCAAGAAUGUUCUCCGAAAAGGGAUCACAGCUGGCUGUUCAACAUAUGCAACUAUGGCGCGCGUUCCUCGGAAGGUUUAACGACAUCAGUGUAUCGAUACGCAUCAAGUGUGUGCAGUACUCAAUGCAUUUUUUAUUGAACCACCCGGAGCUGAGAAAAGAUAUUACUGAUACUCUGAAGUUGAGACAACACGAUGCAGACGAGAGUGUCAGAUAUGAAGUUGUUAUGGCCAUAGUGGCCACUGCUCGAAAGGAUUUCGAAGUAGUGUCGGACAGCGAGGAUUUGUUAGAAUUUGUUAAAGAAAGAACCUUAGACAAAAAGUUUAAAAUCAGAAAAGAAGCGAUGACGGGAUUAGCUAUGAUAUAUAAAAAGCAUUUGAACGAUGCGGACGUACCACAGGCAACAAAAAAGGCUGUUACUUGGAUAAAAGAUAAAAUAUUACAUGGUUAUUAUAUGGCAGGCAUGGAGGAUAGAUUGUUAGUGGAAAGAUUAUUGAACACUUGCUUAGUACCUUACCAACUCCCAGCCGGUGAAAGAAUGAAGAAAUUGUAUCAUUUAUUAGGUACAAUUGACGAUCACGCGUCUAAGGCAUUUGUAGAGCUACAGAAACAUCAACUCGCUGUGCGAAGAGCAGUAGUCGAAUGGUUAGAGAUUGUAAAGAAGCCUGAUGCCAUGGUGGAACUCGUAGCUAAAAUUCAACAGAUAUCUCGCUUUCUACCAGACCCUAUGAAGGUGCAAGAAUUUUUGCAGAAAUUCAGUGCUCACAUGCGAAAAGAUUCGACACUGUUACAAGGAAUGGAAACGAUAAUUCAGCCGAACGUAUCGUGCAAGGAGUGUGCAGACACGAUAACAAUGGUUCUAAAAAAGUUGGGUCAACCUGUUAUGACCAAUUUGUAUUACAACACGAUAAAAAUGUUGCUAGAGAGAGUUAGCUCCGUAAUAAUCGACGAAGAAGCAAUUAGGGUCUUAAUUGGAUAUGUACUGGACUGUUUGAAAGGCGGUAAUGUAAUAGAAGAAGUCGGCCUCAAUCCAAAUAACGCAGGCGAGAAGGGUCUGAGGUUACUGGUGAUGCUCUCGUUUGUGUUCGGUCCACAUUUUCUUCACAAUGACAUUCUAACGCAACUUGUACAUCUCCUGGAGUUAGAGGACGAGAUGGUAGCGCCAUUGGUCCUCUCGAUCUUCACAUUUUUAGGAAAGUACAAACCUUUGUGCGACGUCGCGCCAGAUAUUAUGGAUCUGAUGGUCCCGAUAUGCAAGAAAUUCGCAGUGACGGGAACGUCGAAACAGGCGAAACAAGCCGUCAGGUGUCUGUUUGUUAAUAUGACCAAUAUUCAUGAUACAAUCUUCCCCGAGAUCAUUGAAAGAAUUAAAAACAAUCUUACACCGACCUCGAACUAUUAUCGAACAUCUAUAGUCACGUUAGGUCACAUAGCUUAUAAUUUACCAGAAAAGUAUCAAGUACAAAUAAAGAAUAUGGUGUCUAGAAAGAUAGUCAAGGAGUUGCUGGUAAAAGAAAGCAGCGAACAAGCAGCUGAACCUAUCGAAGGUGAUUGGUGCAGAGAGGAUCAAUUACCUCAGGAAACACGUUGUAGAUUAGAAGGUCUGAAGUGCAUGGCACGCUGGUUACUAGGACUGAAGACUGACGUGCUUUCUGCACAGAAAACGUUCAGGAUGCUGAAUGCGUUCGUGGUGAACAAAGGGGAUCUUCUGCAGCAGGGUCGUUUAAGCAAAGCAGAAAUGAGCUGGCUACGAUUACAAGCAGGCUGUUCGAUGCUCAAAAUCUGUGAACAGAAAGGAGUGGGUGAUCAGUUUACAGCAGAACAAUUUUACAAUUUGUCUCAACUUAUGGUGGAUGAAGUCCCGCAAGUGAGGGAAGCUUUCGGUAGUAAAUUACAUAAAGGACUUGGAAGAGGAAUUCCAAAUAAGUGUUUGCCGCUAGACUUUAUGGGUUACUAUGCCCUCGCCGGAAAAGAACAGGAUAAGAGACUAAAAUGCGUUUUGAAAACGUACAUGCAAACUGAUAUAAAUAAAAGGAGGGAUUAUGUUAAGACAUUGUCGUUGGGUACAAUUGAACGGGCCAUGGGUCAACUGCCUCACAUUCUUCCUGACUAUAUGCUUGUAUUUGCGGUCCCCAUCCUCGCGCAUAAUCCUGAAUUCACGAGUCACCUAAUGGUCAGCCAGCUAAAAGUGAUACAACAAUGUUUGUGGUUCAUAUUGGAACCUCUUAUAACAAAGAACGAAUAUUUCUGCUAUGGUUUUUAUAAAAAUCUCAUAGAACGAAUGAAAAGUCAUAAAGACGCUUUAAAGCCAGAGGAUAAUAAUAUGAAUUAUAAAUUGUGGGCUGUCUGCGACUUAGCUAUGAAUGUGAUAUACACGAAAACGACGAACUUUGAUAUGAAGGAAUUCCCAAGCGAAACGCGUAUUCCUACUAUGUACUUCAAGCGGACGGACGAUUUGAUAGCCAACCCGAAGAAUUAUUUACCAGCCGAGAUGCAGAUAAACAUGUCGAAUCCCAAAGGUAAAGGUUCGCUUCACAACGCGCAUUCGAUCAGCGAGAGGCCGCAGCGCAGAGCUAAGUCUAAACAACAGAAAGAAGUGGGUAUCGGGCCGAACGAAACAGACGCAAGGCUGCAGAUGCGAGAAGUGGAAUGUAUUGAUGCACAGCCGGCAGAAGCAUCGGAAACUAGAAUCCAAUUACCUGGUUUAGAGGAAGAAAUUGAAGAACCGCCAACGAAGAGGGCAUUAAGGGAAUCAGAUAAAUAAGUAAUAAGUGAAUGGACUAUAUUCAAGAAAAUGUUAGAAAUAGGGGAAAGACUUAAGGAACGUGAUGAUCAUAAGAUUAAAGAAUCUAAAAAAUACUUUACAAAUUAGAAAACAGAAUAUUUUGAUUAUGUACAACAGUUAAUAAAACCUCUCGUUCGCGUAUGUCUAGAUAGUAAGGAGUUAAGAUAAUGAUUACGAUUAAUGUCAAAUAUUAAUAGUAUCGAUAACAUCUAAGCUUACGAUUCGAAAAAUUUCGUGAACUACGCUCGUGAUCUAAUCGACAUGAUGAUCUAAAAAGAGGAGACGUGUUUGUCUUGAUUCCAGAAAGAAAAGGGAGCGGGUUUUUGUUUUAUCUAAAUACUUUGUGUGUCAAGAAAACCAGUGGUAUUAUCGAGGAUGAAAAAGAAGAGGAGUAACAAAUACCUUUGGAAAUUGAGAACCAUGUAAUCUCAAUAUAUUAUAUAUCUUUUUAUAUAGCUCUUGGAAAAUGUUUCUCAACUGGUGGUCUUUCUUCCUUUUUCAUAACGAAGUGUCUGACAAUUAUUGUAUUGUUCACUUUUGCAUUUAGCAUUUAUACAUACUAUUUCAUGCGCAUUAUACUUUAUAGAUCAAUAAGACUGCACACGAAAUUUUUGUAUUUCCGAAUGGAUGAAAUUCACGCACGAUAAUCGUUGAACUAAAUUGUAGCUUUCAGUGAAGAGAUUAAAUCAUAUGAUACGUCUAUUAUGUAAAAUAUGCCGAGACGAAUAUUUACCAAAUCUCUCUUUAUCUAUCUAUCUAUCUAAUCCAUCUAUUUAUCUAUAUAUACAUACGUACAUACACAUAUGCAGAAGGGAACAACAUAAUGUUGUUGGACUUCGAUGAACGCUCGUGUUCUGGAGAAUACAGAGGAUGUGUGUCAAUUGGCUUUGUGAUCCAAAAUUGUUUGUUUCUAUUAAUCUGAUUAUCAUUAUUAUAAUUAUAAUAAUUUUUAUUGUCUUAUUACUAUUAUUAUUUUAUUAAACGAUCACAUCAUUUCGAAUGAGAGGACGUUAGUAUGCUUUCUCGUAAAAUUAUUUGUUUGUACGAUAAUUCUAAAUUUGGUUGUCGCGCGACCGCGUUAAUUUUUAAUUUAUUUCAGACAAGGUGUCCUUAUAAAUAUUUCAAUAGUGUCUAAUACGUGUAUACAUAUAAAUAUAGCUUCGACGACUAGCGCGCGGUAACAUAAAAAGAAAGAGGAAAUUAAUCGUUAAAAAGAUUUUUGUUAUACAAAAGUAUUGAGAGUACAUAAUUAAUUCAUCACCCUUCCACGUGAUAAUUAUUUCUAUGUCACCGUCAUUAUUGUAAAUGUAUCAUAAAUAACAAAAUCUUCGUACCGCUUUAAUUCAAAUUUGUAUCCAAAAGCUUUUCUGUACUUAACAUUCAUUUCGUACGCGCGUCUCGAAUGAAACUAAAAAUCUAUGUUUAUUUUGCGGUUGUACGUAUUUUCUAUAUUGUAAGAUCCUGCACAACAUUAAUUGUAUGAAAUACUUUUAUAAAUAUUAUCAUUUGGGCAUUUUAAUCUUUUUCAAUCUUCUAAAUAAAAUGUAAGAAAAAGGAAGAUGAACGAAUUGUUAAUAAUUAUAACUUUUAAAUCAGGGAAUGAAUAAUUGAUGUAUGAAAUCGAAUAGUUGUGUUAAAUAAAGAGAAACUUAGGACAGAAGUUGGAUGCAAGUUUGAAUAGAAAUCGUAUAAGUUUAAACGGGCCUAGGUUUUAUAAAAUUUACUUUUCUAACGUUAGAGUUCUUAGAAAUUAUAAGCAUUGAAAGUGUAUUAAACUUCAAGACGAGAAUAUGAAUGUGUACGAGGCUGUGAAUGGCGAUGAAUGUUUGAACUUAUAUAAACACAUUAUAGAAUUAACACAUACCUAUUACCUCUUCACCAAAAUUACAGUACAAUGCAAUAACUUCUCCCUUCUCCUGCAUUUCUUUUUGCUCUUUUUUAAUACGCACGAAGAUCAUUGUUUAUUAUCCUCGCACUGAGCAUUAUAUCAAUCAUGAAUCAAUCGUCGGUAAUAAACGACAUACUUCGAACUAAUUCACAAAUUCAAAUUACCAUACAUUUUAUAACAGUGUCAUUAAACAUUCACGUAUUCAGUUGCAUAGUACUGCAAUUUUUCAAACAGGUCAUAGAAUACGAAGUAUAUAUAUUCUGAUGAAAAAAAAAUCAUGAAAGAAACAUACAAGUAACCAAUGCUAUUCAUCUGUCGAUCUGUGAGACGUACAUGACGCAUUGUAAUGGUUCUAUAAUAAAACGAAUUAAGUAAAA